GCGCCGGCGCGCGCGGGCCGCUGGGCCUGGCGCACAUGGCCCGGCCGUAGGAGCCGCCCCGCACCCCCCCCCCGACCGACCGGGCACCGGCACCGAGCACCGGGUACCGCACCGAGCACCGGGCACCGCGCCCGCCGCCGACCCCCAUGCAGGACACCGAGGAGAGCCCGGCUGCCGCCGCGCCGCCCGGCGCGCAGGGCCCCGCCGAGGACCCCGAGCACACGGACGCGCCCGCGCCGCCGGCGGAGCCGCCGCCGCAGCAGCAGCAGGAGCAGCAGGAGGAGGAGGAGGAAGAAGAGGAGGAGGAGGAUAAUGAUGAUGGAGGCGAGUCCGAGGCGCCGCCGGGGCCCCCCGAGCCGCCGCCGCCCGCCGAGGAGCCCGAGCAGGAGCAGCCGCCGGCGGAGCCGAAGCCGCCGUCGGGCCGGGAGAGCCCCGCCAAGGCCGAGCCCGAGCCCGAGGCCGAGCCCCAGGCCGGGGCCGAGCCCGCGGCGGAGCCCCAGCCCGAGCAGCCGCCGCCGGGCCAGGCCGAGCCCAGCGCGGCGCAGCAGAACGGGGAGGCCGCGCCCGCCGCGCCCGCCGAGCCCGAGGACGAGAUUUCCUUCAGCGACCCCGAGGACUUCGUGGACGACAUCAGCGACGAAGAACUGCUUGGUGAUAUACUGAAAGAUCAGCCACAGGAAGCAGAUGGGAUAGACUCGGUGAUUGUCGUGGAUAACGUUCCCCAGGUUGGGCCAGACCGACUUGAGAAACUGAAGAAUGUCAUCCACAAAAUAUUUUCCAAGUUCGGUAAAAUUAUCAAUGAAUUUUAUCCAGAAGCAGAUGGGAAAACAAAAGGGUACAUCUUUCUGGAGUACAUGUCUCCAUCUCACGCAGUGGAUGCUGUGAAGAACGCAGAUGGAUACAAACUGGAUAAGCAGCACACCUUCAGAGUCAACCUUUUCACAGACUUUGAUAAGUACAUGACAAUCAGUGAUGAAUGGGAAAUCCCUGAGAAACAACCAUUUAAGGAUUUGGGGAAUCUCCGAUACUGGUUGGAAGAUCCUGAUUGUAGGGAUCAGUACAGUGUCAUCUUUGAGUCAGGAGACCGGACCUCCAUUUUUUGGAAUGACAUCAAGGAACCUGUUCAAAUUGAGGACAGAGCAAGGUGGACAGAGACCUACGUGCGUUGGUCCCCGAAAGGUACCUACUUGGCCACGUUCCACCAGAGAGGCAUCGCACUGUGGGGUGGAGAGAAGUUCAAGCAGAUUCAGAGGUUUAGUCACCAAGGAGUGCAGCUUAUUGACUUCUCACCUUGUGAAAGGUAUUUAGUGACCUUCAGCCCUUUGAUGGACACGCAGGAUGACCCUCAGGCCAUCAUCAUCUGGGAUAUUCUGACUGGCCAAAAGAAGCGAGGAUUCCACUGUGAAAACUCAGCUCACUGGCCUAUUUUUAAAUGGAGUCAUGAUGGUAAAUUCUUUGCUCGAAUGACUUCAGAUACCCUCAGCAUCUAUGAAACACCUUCUAUGGGUUUGUUGGACAAAAAGAGCUUGAAAAUCAAUGGGAUAAGAGAUUUUUCAUGGUCUCCAGGUGGUAACAUAAUUGCUUUCUGGGUGCCUGAGGACAAAGACAUCCCAGCAAGAGUGACUUUGAUGCAGCUGCCUUCUAGACAAGAAAUUCGUGUGCGGAAUUUGUUCAACGUAGUAGAUUGUAAACUGCACUGGCAGAAGAACGGGGACUACCUGUGUGUGAAGGUAGACAGGACUCCCAAAGGCACACAGGGAGUAGUGACCAACUUUGAAAUAUUCCGCAUGAGAGAGAAACAGGUGCCAGUGGAUGUGGUAGAAAUGAAAGAAAGCAUCAUAGCCUUUGCUUGGGAACCAAAUGGAAGCAAGUUUGCUGUGUUGCAUGGAGAAACUCCACGAAUUUCAGUUUCCUUCUACCACGUUAAAAACAACGGGAAAAUAGAACUCAUAAAAACGUUUGACAAACAGCAGGCGAACACGAUAUUCUGGAGUCCCCAAGGGCAGUUUGUAGUGUUGGCUGGCCUCAGAAGCAUGAAUGGUGCCUUAGCAUUUGUUGAUACGUCCGACUGCACCAUGAUGAACAUCGCGGAACACUACACGGCCUCAGACGUGGAAUGGGAUCCUACGGGCAGAUACAUCGUGACUUCUGUGUCUUGGUGGAGCCACAAGGUGGACAAUGCAUAUUGGUUAUGGACCUUCCAAGGCCGUCUGCUUCAGAAAAACAAUAAGGACAGGUUCUGUCAGCUGCUCUGGAGACCACGACCAGCUACCCUGCUCAGUGAGGAUCAGAUAAAGCAAAUUAAGAAGGACCUGAAGAAAUACUCCAAGAUAUUUGAGCAGAAGGAUCGCCUGAGCCAGUCCAAAGCUUCAAAGGAGUUGGUGGAGAGGAGGCGGACGAUGAUGGAGGAGUUCAGGAAGUACCGCAAGAUGGCACAAGAGCUGUACAUGGAGCAGCGGAACGAGCGCCUGGAGCUCCGCGGAGGGGUAGACACAGAUGAGCUGGACAGCAAUGUUGAUGACUGGGAGGAGGAGACUGUGGAAUUUUUUAUCAAUGAAGAAAUUAUUACCCUUGCAGAACCAGAGUAAUUAAUAAAACUGUGCACCACCAGAUCUUGUGCUGAAAAGAAGUUUGUUCAUUUUCCGAAAGCCUAUAUCAACUUUGGAAUUCUUUAUCCAUAUUCUUGCACUCUGGAAGGGUGGAUGCACCAGAUUUUCUCCAUUCUGACACAUUGUAGUGCCUUUAAGUCUUGCUGCCUGCUGCAGUGAGAUACUGGAAAGGCGCUGCUUUUAAAUCUUUAUUCUUUAUUUUUAUUUUUUUUUUUUAGGGUUUGAUUAUUAUUUUUUUUUCUUUUUAAAUCCACUACUACCAGUAUUUACUUCCUGACCCCUGUGCAGUCCUUACCAGCUGGCAGUUUUUGCCUAUUGCCAGUGAGGUGGGAUUCAGCAGUGCACCUCUGUCUCACACGCACGAUGUUCCAGUUUCAGGACUCUUUCCGUGUCCCGAGGGCACGGACAGGUGUUCAUUUUGUUUGGGGAAAAGUCAGCAGAACCAUUUCUCGUAUGAUGUGUCUUAGUGUGCUGAAGCAGCACUACAGUGGGCUAUAUCCUCCUCCUUUCAGAUUGUGAAAGGAUGCCUCUCCCUCAAAGAGCUGAAUAUGGAAAUAAAAGCAGACCUAUACUAAAA